CUUCCAUCUCCGAGUUGCUUAGAUUAGAGGGAGGAGUGGCUUCCAGGUGGGGUGGGAAAAGUGAGUUUUGAUAGUUGAUUAUAAUUAUAGUUAUGGGGAAGAAACAUAAGAAGCAUAAGGCGGAAUGGAGAUCUACAUCUGCCCCGAGUGUAACUGCUACUGGAACCGGCGCCGCUGCUUAUGACGAUUAUAUGGACAAACCUUUGGAAAAGCCAUUGAAGCUGGUGUUGAAAGUUGGGGGUAGUGAAGUGACGGAGCUUUCAGGAUCAGGGCAUGAUUCCAGUUACUAUGAUGACCGGUCAGACCAUGAGAGAGAGCGGCAUAAGGAAAAGAAGAAGAAAAAGAAAAAAAAAUCUGAGAAAGAGAAAGAAAAGCAUCUUGAUGAGGAAGAAAGGCGGAAGAGAAAGGAAGAGAAGAAAAGAAAAAGAGAGAAAGAACAUUGUGAUACUGAGGGUGAAAUGGAUGACUUUGAUCCGGGGAAAAAAGUGGAAGUUGAUCCACCCUCUGAUCGUCCAGUCCGAGCCUGUAGAACUCAACCCACAGAAAAUGAGAGCACUCCUAUCCAACAAUUAUUGGAACAUUUUCUUCGUCAGUUACAGAGGAAAGAUCCUCAUGGUUUCUUUGCUUUUCCAGUCACGGAUGCUAUUGCUCCUGGAUAUUCCAUGAUAAUAAAACAUCCUAUGGAUUUUGGUACAAUGAAAGAAAAAAUUGCAGCAAAUGAGUACAAGUCAGUAACAGAAUUCAAGGCAGAUUUUAAACUGAUGUGUGACAAUGCAAUGACUUACAACAGACCAGACACCGUGUACUACAAACUGGCCAAAAAGAUCCUCCAUGCUGGCUUUAAGAUGAUGAGCAAACAGGCAGCUCUUUUGGGCGAUGAAGACCCAGCUGUUGAAGAUCCAGUGCCUGAAGUUGUUCCUGUGCAUGUAGAGACUACCAAGAAAUCCAAAAAGCCAAGUAAAGAAGUUAUUAGCUGUAUAUUUGAACCAGAAGGAAAUGCAUGCAGUCUGACAGACAGCACAGCUGAAGAACAUGUCCUGGCCUUGGUAGAGCACGCAGCAGAUGAAGCACGGGAUAGGAUCAAUCAAUGUCUCCCAAACAGCAAGAUAGGCUACCUGAAAAAGAAUACUGAUGGAUCUUUGGUCUUCAGUGUACUCAAUCCAUCAGAUCCUGAAACAGAAGUAGAGGAGGAAACCCAUCCAGUGGAUCUGAGCUCUCUGUCAAGCAAGUUACUACCUGGUUUCACAGCAUUGGGCUUCAAAGAUGAAAGAAGGCACAAAGUUACAUUUCUUUCAAGUGCUAAUACAAUGGUUUCAGUGCAAAACCACUCUAUCUUUCAUGAUCUGAAAGUGGAUGAAAUGGAGCUGCUGUAUUCGGCAUAUGGAGAUGAGACUGGGAUUCAGUGUGCCUUAAGCCUUCAAGAAUUUGUGAAAGAUUCUGGAAGCUAUAGUAAAAAAAUAGUAGAUGACUUGCUGGAUCACAUCACUGGUGGAGAUCACUCCAAGUCUAUUUAUCAACUAAAGCAGAGAAGAAACAUUCCAAUGAAACCACCAGAUGAUCUCAAAGUUACAUCAGUCCUCAUAAAAGAAGAACAUAAAUUAACUAAUACUUGCCCAGAUGACUCCAAGCCAAGUAUGUCCUUCACAGCAUCCACACAUCAGAUUGGAGAAGCCAUUGGAGAUAAUAGUUCUGUUCUGGACUUUUUAUCUAUGAAAACAUAUUCAGAUAUGUCACUUGAUAUAUCCAUGUUGAGUUCAUUAGGUAAAGUAAAGAAAGAGCUUGAUCAUGACGACAAUCAUUUACACUUGGAUGAAACAGCUAAAUUAUUACAGGACCUUCAUGAGGUACAGACCGACAGAAUAGGAUCCAGGCCUUCCUCUAACCUCAGUUCCCUCUCUAAUGCUUCUGAAAGGGAUCAACAUCAUCUAGGAAGCCCAUCUCACCUAAGUAUAGGAGAACAGCAAGACAUGGUCCAUGACCCCUAUGAAUUUCUUCAGUCUCCAGAACCUACAAAUGCCAACAAUUAAUCUCACAUAUACUGCACUUAUUAAUUGUGUAACAUUUCAUAGAAUCCCGCCAAACAGUAUGCAUUUCAACUCUCUUUCUCUCCUCCCCAACCCCCAAAUAUGAAUGACUGUUUAGCACUGUUUAUACAUUUUACUUGGAUAAAAUACAUCAUGUACCAUCACAAACAAUAUUUUAGGAAUAUGUACAGUAGACCUGAAGGAGUUACAAAUUAUGUAUUUAAGAAAACUUUAUAAAAAUGGCUAACCAUCUGUUUUAUCAUGCUUUCAUUGUUACACAUAUUUGGUGUACAACUGUGGCUAUAUAGAAAGUUCUCCAAGAUAAAUUUAUUUCAUUUGUGAUACAAGUUUCAAAGAUAGAGUAGUUUUCAUAUUUUCCAUUCUAUCAGUUUUUCAUUGCCAGUAUGGCCUGAUGAAAAGAAAGUUUUUGAUGCAUCAUUUGGAAUGAAAAACAAAGUACUCUUGAGAACUUUUUUUUAAAUUAAGUAUUUGAAAUUUGAUAUUGUAUGAUUUUUAAACAUUAUGUAGAAACCAGAAUAAUACAUUCAUUAACAAUAUUGUUAAUAUUAAUAAAAAUGUAUUUGUGUU